AAUACUAAAUUGAAUAUUGAGAUUAGCAAACUGUACUUUUGGUUGUUAAAAGCGUAAUACCAUCGAUGUUGGUAUGGUUGAGUGAAAUUACCCCUUUUAGCAUGUAAGUACUCAUCUGAAACAUGCAACUUACAACCGUUGUAAGGUACUGGAAAAGUUUGAAAAUGGACCUUGAAAGUCCUUGAAAGUGCUUGAAUUUGACCACUGAAAAAGUGUAUGAAUCUUGUUAUUAAGAAGAAAAAAUAGUUUUCCUGGUGUUUUAUACUUUAAACAUCACAGACUAAAAGUUAUCGCUGUAACACACAUGCCGAAUCAAAGAGUCGGUCCUGCUCAUCUAUUAUUUAUUCUGAGAUUUUAUUCAUGAGUAGUUUACGUUUGACAAUAAGUGAGAACAAAGUUAUGUAUCGUAACUGUGUCCCUAAUAGGACACAGUUCGAAUAAGAUUCUAUCAAAAUUUCACAUUAAAUACUAAUAUAAAUUAUCAUGUUAUGCUUCCAAAUAAUUUAAUGAUGUGAAACUAGAGUCUAACUUCUUGUCUUUCAGACUGUAUAUUGUUUUAACCGUGUACAUUAGCCUCGGGUUUACCGGAGUCGGUAAAAGGACGGUAACGCCGGUGAAUUAGCCGUGAGCAAACUGUAUCCCACAUUGGACAUUUCCAUCUCCUCACUGUAAAACAAUCAAACAAUGGGGGCUUUUGAGGUUUUUGGGGGAAAUUGGAUGUUUCUGGGUAAGCCAAAUAAAUAUCUCUGUUAUCAACCACCGUUAUCAACACAUCAAAUACAGGUGUACUUUUAAGGAUGUCGCCCGAGUGUUCUUACUGCUUUCUCUCAUCAAAUUUAUUUUUGUAUUGUAAUUAGACAUGGAAAUUCCUAUGUACAUACAUUAAAUUUCACAUGUAGAUUGUUAAAUAUGUAUAAAUCAAUUAUACCUCCACUGGUGGUGGCGAUCUUAUUUGAAAUGACCGUGAAAACACCAGAAAGCGCACCAUUACAGAUGUGUCUGAUUUGGGAUACAGUCUCUCUCUCUCUCUAUAUAUAUAUAUAUAUAUAUAUAUAUAUAAAUGUCUGAUUUCUUGAAUGGAAUUCUGAUGUGACGUUAAACAUCACAGGCGGUGCUGAGGAGCAGAGCCUCUGACACAUUUUACAAUGAUACUUGCAGCUCCAGAUACAAAUGUUUAUUUUUAUUUUUUUACAGACAUCAGAAAAAAACACUGAAUCGAUAUGAAUCAUCAGAUUAAUUAAUUAUCAGUGUUUAAGAUACAGAAUUAAAAAAUGAUCUGUUUUAUUUUCUCCUUGGAUGAAGGAGGUGAUGAUGUCACCUGACUGUAGGCAGUUACCAUGGAGAUGGAUGAUGAUGUCAGCGGUCCUGAACCUGAACAGUCUGCAGUCGGCUCGCACCUACUGCUUGGCUCUGCAUUCUCGCUGCCCUCACCUGAGACAGGUGCUGCAUUAAGCCCCGCCCCUCCAGCUGCAGCCACAGUGGCCACAGAAUCAAAUGCUCCUUCUCCUGCAGCUGGCCCCGCCCCCUCCGACCUGGCCGCUGACACCUGCGUGACAUCACAGCUGCUGGCCCCGCCCACCGCAGCGUGUCACAGUCAGCUGAUCAUCGUGCAGCAGCAGGGUCAGGCGCUGCUCGCUGAGCGCAUGGUGAUCGUGACGGGCCAAUCAGAGGGCAGGGAGGUGUUUGUCAUCCCGUCCAAUCAGCUGUCAGGAUCCCAGCUGGCUGUGAUCUCCAGCAGCGCAGCAGGUCCCAGAAGAGCAGUGACGUCAUCAGACCACUGUGAUGUCAGCAGAGAGCAGACGGACAACGGCAGCAGCGUGGAUGUUUCUGCUCGUGUGAAGCCAGCACUCUGCGGCUCCCCCAGCUGGGCGCUCAGACUCCGUAAUGUUCAGCAGAAGCUGGGAGACUCGUACCGCGGGUUCUGCUGCUCCGAGGCGGAGCUGGAGGCCGUCCUGCUGCUCCACAAGCAGCAGACAGGCUCCGUGUUCGGGACGCGGCAGUCUCCGUCUGUGGACAAACCUGCAACCAGACUGAUGUGGAAGUCUCAGUACGUCCCCUACGACGGCAUCCCUUUCAUCAACACAGGUAGCAGAGCGAUAGUAAUGGAGUGUCAGUUCGGCCCUCGCAGGAGAGGACUGCAGCCGAGCAGGAGCUGUGAACCGACCUACAGAGCCACCUGUCCCGCCAGGAUCUACAUCAAGAAAGUCCGAAAGUUUCCAGAGUUCAGAGUUCCCACAGAGCCGAGCACAGACAGGAAGACAGUGAGACAGGAGCAGGAGAAAGCCUUUAGGAGUCUGAGGAGCCAGGACCUGGAGACCGGAGGGGUCAUCAGGUUUUACCUGCAGCUCCCCACAGACAGAGCUCACCUGUACCACACGGUGGACAUGCCCCCCAUCCCCCCUCCUCCCCCUGACCUCCCACCUCCCCCCACUCAGCUGGAGGAAGAGGAGGAGGAGGAGUCAGGAGAGCAGGACGGCGUCCCAUCUCGUCUGCACCCUCGAGUGUCAGAGCGGAUCAGACAGCUGGUGGCUGCAGGUCAUCACCAGGUGUACAGCAUCCGCAAGCAGCUGAGGCGUUUUGUGGAGAAGGAGCUGUUUAAAUGUGAUGACGGUCUUCCAGAGAGACACAACCUGAGAUUCUUCCCCACCGUCAACGACAUCAAGAACCACAUCCACGAAUCCCAGAAGGCCCUGGGGCUGACUGCCGCCCCCGCAGAGUGGACAGAAGACAGUACUGACCCUCUGAUGGAGACCUUCACACUGACUCCUGCUGAAGGGGAGGACGGCGGGGACUCUUUGUCUCCUGAAGCUGUUCAGCUCUUCAGUUCUGUCUCGUCUCUGCAGCCCAAGAUCUUUUCUCAGCUGCAGGGAAUCCUCCAGCCGCUCCCUCCUCCUCUCUCCUCCUCCCUGCCACCGAUUAUCAGCCCCUCCCCCUUCCUCCAGACUCCUGUAGGGGAGUCAGCAGGGGCGUCGGGCCCAGGGAUGGAGCUCACUGAGGAGCAGCAGCUCGCUGGAGGAACACAGCAGCUGGUUCUACAGAACGUCCAGCUGCAGAUCAUCAACUCUCCUGACAGCAGUGACCACGCUGUGGUUGAUGUGAACAAGCCUCAGGUGGAAGAAGAAGGAGAACAUGAGGAGUCUAGAAGAGCCCAAGAUUAAAUCCAUAUCUUUACAUUCAGGGUAGCAGAGUGGCAAAAACACAGACAAACAGACAAACAGCUGCAUUCAUGCUUCUGAGAUUAAAGGAGGACAAAGACUGACAUCAAUUUAAAAAACUCCUGCAAAGUUGUAUCAUGUAAAUAAUUAAUGAAAGAAAAUCAGGUAUGUAAAUAAAGGUUCCCUGUAAUAAUCUCUGAGUUUUUAUGGUUUACAGAAGAAUUCAGGAGGAGAAACGUAGCUUUAUAUUUUCUAUUUACAUGAAACUUUGAAACUGAAUAUGAACUUAGUUGUAAAUAAUCUCGAGUUUGUUUGUUUGACUGUAGGAUGAAAAUGUUCUCACUUCAUGAUGUGUUUGUGUGGUUAUCACUACAGCUGCUUAUUGUUACAGAACUGUAUCCGUGUUGUUAAUUGUAUAAUUAUAUAUUUAAUAAAUAUGGCUGCGACCACUUUGAUACA